AGGUAUUUCUCCCUUUCUAUAGGUGGCGACGGGGAGGCAGCUCGAUUUGAGAUGCCACGGGCUCGGGAACCUGAGACGGAAUGGUACAACGGGAGGGCGGCUCGUUUUGUCUCGGCGAGGAGCGGGAGCUGUGUAAACCAGACUGGGUGGAGCAACGCACCGCCCGCCCCAUCCAUCGCGCAGACGGCCUUGUGUCCCGUUCGCCUGGAGCUCGGAGAGAGACUACUGUACUGAAAAGUCUGGCGGAUAGAGAGAGACAGAGAGAGGGGGCCGGUCUAUGGGAGGGACUAGCGCAGAGGGGGGAAUCGGAAGGAGGAGGGGGCGAGGAGGAGGAGGCGGCACGGUUUGCUGUUUCUCCAGUCUCUUUCCCCUGUCUUUGUCUCACACACUCUUUUGUUAGCCAUGCCUAGCCUGCUGGUUUUAGCAGGGAUCAUGGAGAAAAACGGGGGCUAUGCCGGGGAUCUGGCCGGCUCCGGCUUCGGAGGCGACGGUCUCCUCGUGCCGCCCGACGAGGAGGAAGACGACUCCCGUGCCCUCAGGGUCGCGCUGGGCCAGUUAUCUCUGCUGGGGCUCGGGGGGGAAGGCGAGGACGGCGGCGGCGGAGCCCCGACAACAGGAGUGCAGGACCGGAGCAACAAUAACAACAACCACCACAACCACACGAACAACGUUGGCGGAGGAGGGGACGCGGCGAUCCUGCAAGGGAAGAGCAAGUUGUGCGCCCUGUACGAGAGCUCCUCAAGUGAGACGAAGGGACGAGGCUGCAACAUAACAGAAUGCGUCCCAGUGCCCAGCUCUGAACAUGUGGCCGAAAUAGUGGGGAGACAAGGUUGCAAGAUCAAAGCCCUGCGGGCCAAGACCAACACCUACAUCAAAACCCCCGUGAGAGGAGAGGAGCCCGUGUUCCUGAUCACUGGCCGGAAGGAGGAUGUUGCGCUGGCCCGCCGUGAAAUCAUCUCCGCCGCAGAGCACUUCUCCAUGCUCCGGGCCUCCCGCAACAAGCUGGGGGUGUCCUUUAGCGGCUCCCCGCCCACACCGCUGCCGGGUCAGACCACCAUUCAGGUGAGAGUGCCAUACCGCGUCGUGGGGCUGGUAGUGGGGCCCAAAGGCUCCACCAUCAAGCGCAUCCAGCAGCAGACCUGCACUUACAUCGUCACGCCCAGCCGAGACCGCGACCCCGUCUUCGAGAUCACGGGGUCGCCGAGCAACGCAGAGAGGGCUCGCGAGGAGAUCGAAGCACACAUCGCCUUCCGAACGGGAGGCCUGCACGACCACAACAACGAGAACGACUGUCUGGGGCCGAACGGCGGAAGCAGCCCGGCGGGCAGCAGCGGCGGUCUGGAGAGCCGGCUACAGCAGGUGUGGGGUCUGCAGGGGGGCCAGCGCAAGCCUCUCACCAGCAGCUACCGCCAGAACUUCUCAGAUGCCAUGGUGGGAGGGGGAGGGGGAGGCGAGGGAGGGGGAAUCUACAGCAAGAGCAACUUCUCCAGCUCCGGAGAGAAGCCGUGCUCUUAUUUCGGAUCGGAGGGCACCCAGAGCUGGGGCGACCCAGACUACCCCAAACAGGUGGCCUUCUACGCCCAGCAGCGGUCCAAGAGCUUCGGAGGCCUCCCGCUCCCCCUGACCAGACUCUCCCCCGGCUUACCCGAGUCCUGCGGAGGCAACAACAACUCGUCAGUCACCAGCAUUGUGUCCGUAUCCGGCUCGCCUCACGCCCAGGCCCGCCGCGCCCACAGUGAGCCCAUCUCGGCCGGCGAGGGUUUCCCGGGCCGCCUGCCAGUGCCGGACUCGCCACCGAUCACUGUGCGGGACUGCAUGACCUGCUUUGAAAGCAAAGUGACGGCUGCCUUGGUGCCCUGUGGCCAUAACCUCUUCUGCAUGGAGUGUGCCAUCCGAAUCUGUGAGCUCAACCACCCGGAGUGCCCAGUGUGCCACACCCAGGUCACACAGGCCAUCCGAAUAUUCUCUUAAGGAACCACAUCAGUUUUUAUCAUUAGUUUUGUCAGUGUUUGUUCAAUAAUUAUUUACUGUUAUUAUGAUUAUUAUUAUAAUACACACUUUUGUUUUCCAGAAAAUUUACAAACAAUCAAGCAGAUAUUUUAGAAGGCACUGCUUGCUUUACUAAAAAGUAUAAGAAAUAUUUUUAAGUUUUUCUUUUAUAUAUAUAUAUGCAUAUAUAUUUUAUAAAAGUUUUGUUUAUAAGAGAAGUAUAGUACCUUGCAUUUUCAGUUUUUUGACUGCUGCUGUUUUUCAUUCAUGAAUCACAGCGUAGGCAGAGGUAGACAGUAAUGUGAACAUUUUAUUAUUCAAAUUUUUUAUUUUACCAUGAAGUGGGUUUAUAUGGAAGGAAGAAGAUGAUUGUUGAGAUACCCAAUCUGCACCUGACUGACCCGGAGAGUCAAUGUUGUUAUUAGAAGGAGAGAAGAAGAAAAAGAACCGUAGACUUGUCAUUGCACCUUACAAUCAUCUUGGUCUAAAAUAGGAUUUUCACAAUCAUACCUUAAAAUUUCGGGAGCUGAGGUGUAUUCCACCUCUUCUCAGUUUUACUGUGAUUGUGAUUUAAUUGGUCCAAAACCGAUAUUGAUUUCAGCAAAAUGAAAAUGUGAAUAUAUUGGUUUGAGUCAAAGCCAUGUUACCUUUCAACAAAAGACAGCCCCCUUAUUUCAUCCUUACACCUGGAAGGAUUGACGCUAAAAAAAAGGAAUAGGACAUUACAUCCUUUAUUUAUGGUAAUUGGUCACAUUUGUAUUGGUGUCAUCAUUCACAGAGAUGGGUGAAAGUUGCAUGAAGUAUCAGUGAAUUUUUUUUUUCUUUCCAGUAGCCAUUGAUUACACUUCGGUCACUGCAGUUUGUUGAAAAGACUCGGUAACGCUCGCUCCUCGUGGCACUUGAAAAGCGCGUGGUUCCUCGGUUGGCUUAAAGCACUGAUUUAAUUUGUGAGGCCGAAAGCCUUGGAAUUCGUCCAGUUGGCUAGUUCUCGAUAUCUGUCUCCCCCGAUGGACUUGUUUCAAAGCCACCUAAACCGUGCUUUAUUGUCUUGUGUGGCCAUUUGGCCGCAGUCGCUGAACGAUAUAGGACGGUCAACAAGCGUCUCGCCGAGGUGUGCGCUGUAAAUAAAGAGGAGAAUUGGUACGCGGACAGAAGCCGAGUAAAACUGCGCACCGUUUCCUGAAUCAGCAGCAGACUCCGAUUCAAAAUAGUUGACGCUGUAAAAACACAGAGUCCCAAAUCAGUAAUCCUUCCUCCAACGGCAUUGUGCGUGAGCUCCGAGGGGGCCAGCUGUCUCCCCCUGUAAUUAGCAAAGCUGUACGAGAGCAGGUGUUUCGUGGCACACUGUAGCUGUGACCCCAAGUCGGAGGUCUCGCCUAGCCCCCUUUUCAUUCUCUCUUUUCUUUGGGGAGUGGCUUUUAUGUCUUGCCCCUGCUUACAGUUUGAUCGUUUGCUUUUUCCGAAGGCCUCUCCGAGCGGUAGCGUAUUGUCUGGGCCCCGGUAGCGGCGUGGGCUGCGGAGUGCUCGGACACGGCCUGGAUCCACUCAUUGAUAAUUAGGCAAAUGGGUUGGUCCAGGUGCGGACCGCGUGGGGGGACUCUGGAGCUUGUGUGAGGGGGUAAGACAGGGUCCCGCAGCGAAGCCCCCCUUUUUGUCGACCCGCCCCAACCGUUACAAACUCGGUGGGGGCUGGAUGGUCUGGAUGCAGCUGGGCGAAUGGGACCCCCUCCUUCCACUCCCUCUUGCCCCUUCCUCCCCCCUUUUUCCUCUCCUUUGCCGCGGCUCCGAGCUAUCCCUACUGGGGAGAGGGGGCCUCUUUUGUCCUAAAACACACACACACACAAUUUGAAAGACACUAGCUGAAUUUGGCAGUGCCUGUGCAAUGAGUGAAUUAGGAGAGAAAUAAAUUAUCUUCAGUUAUCAGGGGAUUCCCCAGUUACCUGCUUUCAACGUUAAAUUGGCUGUGUACCCUUUUCCAAAUUAUAUAACUGUACGCGCUCACCUACAAAGGAAAAGAGAUGAUCUUGAUCGUGAUCUUGUCACACCGGGUGCAGCAUUAACUCCCCCCCCUCCCCCUCCACUCCCCCAAUAGCACCGCCCUGAAAUUUCAACGCGGGGGGUUCUGUUUGUGUGACUGCGCCGGUGCAGAUCGUGUCAGCCCCGCUACUGUAUGGGACAUCCUGCAGCUGCCCCCUUCAGUAUGGACACCCAGGCUUCAACCAACGGCAGCCCCCCCCCUUAGCUUUGAGCUUCCAGAAUGAAACCAAACAAUUGUAAUUGACAGGAAAGCAGAGGAAACGCCCCAUUUAACCAGCACUCAUGCUGAAUCAAAUUACACACCCUCUGCGUCUGCCUUAGCCCCAGCCUGGGGAUUUCUGAGGGCUAGAGGAGAGCGGGUGGGGGUAGGGAUUAAAGCUGUUGAAUGAUAGGAGUGGAGAAGGGGGGGGGGCAUUUUUGCUGAAGAAAGAGAGAAGUAUGCUCCCCCCCCAAAAAAAGAAACUGUGCAGAUCUUGCAAUUGUAUUGAUCAUUGAAGUCGUGCAGAGCUGCUGGCUGUUGUCACAUGUGGGCCAGCGGUGACGACAGGGAGCCUCUCAAUGAUACUCGGCUUCUGUCUCCAAAAUAACAUACAACAUUUACAGCUGUGUCUUCCGGGACUCAAAAAGCCCCUCCUUUUUUAAAUUUUUACAAAAAAAAAAAAAAGAACAACAAACAAAACGUAUAAAGCAGACCACUCGCAUUACGUGUGGACUGCGCGGAAAAAGCACCCUGAGAUCUAUCAGAUGUAGGAAUAAAGAAUAGUUAGCAUUUAACGGACGGAGGAGUUGCACAGUGGUUUGCCCUCAGCUUUCAAUGUCAAAUUCAAGGCAGUGUGACUGCUGCUCUUAGUAUUUUUGUUAGUUUGUUUUCCGCCUUAAUAUUUUGUAUUCAAAUAUUGCCAUUGCUUUGGCAUACAAGGUAGCAACUUUCGCCUUUGAUAGCACCGCCCCCCCCCCCCCCCCCCCAAACAACUUGUAGAAAUACUUAUUUUUGGAGAAAAGAAUGUGAAUCAAACAGCGUGGGUGGGGUUUAGAGGGAUUCAGGAGAUUAGGCUCUUAAAACACUUUACUUCAAAUAAUAGAGUAAAGCACCUUAUGCCAGAACAUUUGAUGAAUACCAAACCGACCACUGAUGGUGAGAUACUUUUCAUAGAAUUUGAAAGACAUGCACAUAAGGAUUCCCUAUCAUUUUCUUUUGUGUUAUGGUGAUUCUUGUUAUUCUUAAUGCUGAAGUAGUACUAGUGGUGAUUUGGGGGGGGGGGGGGGGGGGCCUCUCGUCCAUUUAGUCAAUGCUGAGGACUUGCUUGAGUUUUGCACUGGUUUAAUGAAGAGAGGGCUUAUUGGAGAGUCUCCCUGUUUAGACGCUGUAUACGUUAAUGAGUAUUGUACUUCAUGGGAGAGCGCUCUGAACAUCUAUGUAAAUACAGUAUGUGUAUCGGUUACAAACAUCCGGACAUGGGCCCGCUUGAAGUGAGGUUUUGGUUAUUUUUACACGCCGAGGGUGUCAUCGUCAAUGUUUUCGCAUAUGGAAUUCAAAAUGUCGCUGAGUUUUAGGGAGAGUAAAUCUUUUAUAUAUAUGCGUCCCAUCAUCCUUUUUGACUAUAAUAGUAUAUUAGAUAGAUCCAUACAUUGAAGAAAUAUUAUUUAAACUGAUUAACUUAGUAUUCCAUCCAAAUAUAUAGAUAAGAAAUUAACCAGACAUUACUAUAAACUGUAAUAGUGAAUAUCCUUUAUGAAGCCGCUGAUGUAUAGAUCCAAUCUCGAAUAAAAAAAAAAAAACUGGAAUGAAUAGUAUGUGUAAUAACCCCAAAUGAAUAAAUCUGUUUCUAUGUAUAUUAGGAUAAAAAGCAAUAAUAGGACUAUACUGGGACAAUAAACAGAGUCGGUUCUUUAAAUAAUAUUCUAUUCAGCAAUUGACCUUGAUGAUUAGGAUAAUACCGUUGCGUUUCUGUCUCGUAUUAAAAUUCAUUAUGGAUUCAUGCUAGUGUAAAAAAAGCAGAGAUAUAAUGACUUAGUAACAGUUUCAGGAUAAAUAAUUGUUCUUGUUGUGUUCAUCAGGGUCUUAAGUCGUUUAAUUAUUCUUUUCUUUACAUUGAAUAUCAAUCAGAUCACAGGGUGGGUCGAGACAAACUGAAAUGAUGAAACUGCAGAUUGCUUGUGACUUGAGAGGAACUCUCGCACAGCCUCCAUCAGAAAGAGUAAAGGAACCACUAAGACCAGAGCUCGAGCACCGAGGUCUCUAGGGAGCAGGAGGAGCCGGUGACUUGGCUUAUGACGGACUGAUGUCUUGAAGGCUUUGGUCCAGAGAUACACACACACACACACACACACACACACACACACAGCGGUGAGAGGAAGAGGGCGGGGCAACACGGGAGCCUCCUGUUGUCCAUUUAGAAGAGCGUUGAUUCGUUACCCUCAGUGUUCUUUGUCCCGCUACACGCAGGCACACGUGUUACUUACAGCAUAUCUUUACCCACUAAUACGUUUCUCAUUUCGUGGCUCUAUUUUAUACUUGUUUUGCACCUACUUUUUUACCUGUAUUGUUUUUAAAAGACAAAAAAGGUCAGACAUAGCCAAAGAACAAAACACAAGGAGAGGACUUAUCACUUGAGUUAACUUAUUUUAGCAUAACAAAAAGAUCAACUUGGUUUACCCAAAAGUCUUCGAGGCCACGCGAUCGAUAUCUGUGAGAUGAAGGCAUAUCAUGUUUCAGUGUUGUAAGAUUAGUUUAAUACCACAGAGGCGCCGGUAACAGACUUACUUCUCCCCAAAGAGAUCGGCUUAAAGCACAUCCUGGCACUUACACGGCCCUUUUGAGUCGUGUUUUUUUUUCUUUUUCAUUGUCAUGGGGUUAGGUUGAUGGGAGAAAAACUUCAUCUUUCUAAAAGAAACUUCUGGAGAAGUUCAGAUAAAAAGGGACUGCCCACAUGAAUUAAAAAACAAACUAGACUGAGAAGUAAUUGUGCUGACAAUGACAAGCCAGUGAACAUUCCGGCUGGAGUCCUCAUUUCUAAGACGGUACCGGGUCGGAUGUAAACACGGUGACAGUGUGACGGUGAACUGAGCAACACUGGGUUUAGGUCUGAAGGAGCUGUUGACUGUAUGCUUACGUUUAACUGCAUGCUAGUGAAAUAUAGUACAGUAGGUAAGAUUUAUCAGAAAAAAACAGUUAAGAUCGCUUAAAGAACUCAUCCACCUGAUACCUGAAGUUUAUAAAAAAAAAAGCUUUAAGACCUUAAAGUGAACAUCGGUUUAAAAAAAUCAUAUAUUUACCGUGUAGUUUAACUAAGUGAUACAUAAAGUUUAAUUAUGAUUCUUAAGAAUAUGCUAAGGUGUAAGUUUCAUUUGUCCAACUCACCCAGAAUGAAACACGUUUGAGUUGAGCGCAGCAGCGACGGGGCGGGGCAACUCACAGUGACAUUGGAUUAAUUAAGUUCUUGUUAGUAUUAUUUACAAUAUUGUAUUAAGCUUACUAUUAUAGUAAUGGUAGAAACUGUUGAUGUUUUUCUUCUCUUGAUAUGAAAAAGGUCUUUAUGCAUUUAUGUAGAAUCCCUUUUAAGGAGUGAUAGGAAAUCCUUAUUUUUCAAUGGAUGCACUUAAAGCAAUUGUACCAACCUGUCGAAAGCCACAUUGAGAAAGAAAUGCAUUUGAAUGUAAAGAAAAAACACAAAAAAGACCACUCGACUCAAUGCACUCCUUAUGCUUAUUGUUUGUCAAUUUACAAGUGAGCUUUAAGUUUUUGUUUGGAAAGAAUUUUGCGACAGGUUUUCAACGUAGACUAUAUUUGAGUUCUUCCACAUACAUUUAUAGAAAGUAACUUAAAA